CGAUUUAGACUCAGCUUUCCACACUUAAUCAAUAUUGAUAGAUUGAUUGAAGAGAGAUAUGGGAACGAUUAAGCAAGAGCCAUCCUCUGAGCUACUUGAAGCUGGAGCUCAUAUUUGGAACCAGGUGUUCAGUUACAUAAACUCUAUGUCACUAAAAUGCGUAACUGAGCUCGGCAUCCCCGAGAUCAUCCACAAGCAUGGCCGCCCCAUGACUCUCACUCAACUGAUGGAAGCUCUACCUGGCGUUGAUAGAGCCAAAGCCGACCACGUGCGCCGUCUCAUGCGGACCGUCGUGCACUCGGGCUUUUUCGUAUUGGAAAAAGUCGAUUCAUCCGAUGAGCAGGGUUAUUGGCUUACGCCUGCUUCACGUCUUUUGAUGGAAGACCACCCCAUGAGCAUGAAAGCGUUCGUACUUUCCCAACUUGGUUCGGUCCUAUGUGAGCCAUGGCAGCAUUUGAGUGGAUGGUUCCGAAAUACCGAGGACCGCACAUCAUUUCAUACCACUCAUGGAAUGUCACUUUGGGAGCUGAAAGAGCAGAAUCCAAGCUUUGGGCAUUUGUUUGAUCGAGGAAUGGAAAAUGAUGCCACAAUUGUGGCCGACGUGAUUACCAGAGAUUGUAGGCAAGUGUUUGAGGGUUUGGGUUCUCUUGUGGACGUGGGCGGAGGCACUGGAACUGUGGCCAAGGCCAUAGCCGAGGUGUUCCCACAAAUUCAUUGUACAGUGCUUGAUCUUGCACCUGUCAUUGCGGGAUUAGAGGGGACACGGAACUUGAAGUACGUUGAGGGAGAUAUGUUUGAGUACAUUCCUCCAGCAGAUGCAGUUCUACUCAAGUGGUUAUUGCAUGAUUGGAACGACGAGGAAUGUGUAGAGAUCCUGAAGAGAUGCAAAGAAGCAAUAAAGAGUAAUGAGAAAAGAGGAAAGGUGGUGAUCAUUGAGAUGGUAGUCGAUGACCAAAAUUCCGACCAUAAAUCAGUGGAAACUCAACUCUUCUUCGACACUUUAGUGAUGACUAUAGCUGAUGGAAGAGAAAGAAGCCAAAAAGAAUGGGCAAAACUCUUUUUUGAUGCUGGUUUCAGUAACUAUAAGAUCUCUCCCCUCUUGGGAUUAAGGUCUAUCAUCGAGGUUUAUCCCUGAGUACAUGCAAUGCUAAGAUUUCUCUCCUCUUUCGAAUAAGGUCUAUUACCCAGGUUUGUCUUUGGGUGUAUGUUGUGCUAUAAGUGGCGGUAUGUGAACUGUACUUGUACAAGCCUGUUUUCUUCUAUGUUAUUUUGUUUACUAAGACUUGAUUAUAUUGCAAUAUGUGUUGCGUAGA